ACCCUGGUAUAUAUAGUGAGGUGGGAAACAAUGGGUAGUCACUUCGGCUCCUCCUCCAGUCAAGUCAAGAGAGGCAAAUAAAAAUAACUGACAAAAUGGCUGAUGCUGACGCUAUUAAGAAGAUCUGUGACAUCUAUGACUGGGAUGGCAAGGGUGAGCUUGACCUUUUCUUCCUCGGUGACGUCAUGUACGCCCUUGGCAUGAACACCACAAAGAAGGUGUGUGUUGGACUCGGACAGACUGAUGAGGAAGGCAAGAAGUUUGCCAAGUUCGAUGAUAUUGUUACUAAAGUCCAAACAGCUGCCAAAACCCCCGAGUCCUCUGGAAACUACCACGACUUCAUUGAGCUGUUGAGACUUUAUGACAAAAAUAACAACGGAACCAUGAUGUUGGCUGAGCUUGAGAAUCUUCUUUCCAAUCUUGGAGAUGAGAUCCCCAAGGAUGAUGUCCAGAAGCUGCUCGCUGAGCUCUGCGACCCUGAGGAUGAGGACGGUAUGUUCCCCUACACUCCCUUCGUUGACAGACUGUGCGGUAAGGCAUAAUUCCACCUGCUGAACCAUAGAAUAUCAACCAUUGAGUCUGGAAUCUUAAAUGCUGCCAGAACAGAACAUGUGCUUGAAAUUUAUUCAACAUGGACACUGCCAUCUAGGCGCUAAAAGCCAAACUACAUAAUUUACCAUCAGAAUUUUAAUUUGUGACCAUCAACAAAUACUAAAUGGACUCGAAUGUGAUAACAAAUCUGAGGAGGGUCCAUAUUGAGCCGAAGCAUUUGCCUCUCUUGUACCAUCAAAGAACCGGGGAAAAAGAAUCCAAAUUACCAUCAAAUAUUCCCGACGAUGACUGAACACCUCAAAAAUCAAAACAAAAUUUUGGAAUUCUUUAUUUUUCUACAUUUCAAACUGCAUAGAAAUGCCUUCUACCCCCCUUCUUCCAGCCAAUAGUCCGUAACAUCUUGGACAAGAAGACAUGUCAUCAUUUCCUUACCAAUCAAUCAAUCAGCCUUUACCAUCUGUGAGGAAAGGAUGCGUGGUAUUCUGCGCGUAAUGGUCUGGCUGAAGGCUGUUGGAGAGAAGACAGUUCUAUAAAUACACGGAGCUAUACUGUGCUGUGUGCGCAUUUCUCGCUAAUUAUUGAAUAUUUGUGUAACCGAGGAGAUAGAUAAAUAUAAAACGUGCAACUAUA